AUGCAUUCGAAAAUUUAUCGAAUUGGCAGCCAUCAAUUAAAACAAGAAUAUUCGUCUAAUUUGGAUUCGGACGAAAUAUUUUUGAACAGUGGUAUACCAACAGCAUGCCCGAUACACUGUACCCUUAAAUUAUCUACAAAUUUACGAUCUACCGAUGAUACAGGAAUGGUACUUCAUCAAGAAAAUGUUGGCAGUACACCAGCGGGAUAUGUUGAUGUUAGUGGACCUCAAGGGUAUUACUGUGCUCGAUCAGUAGGAGAUUGUGGUGCUUUUGCACCAAUUUAUCGUCAUAAAAACGAAACUCAAUUAAUGAGUAGGUAUGCUUACUCUUUCCGUGCAGAUUCCCUUUUCGAGGGAUACGUAAGAGAACUUAAUCCAAUUUGCUAUGGAUGGAAAGAUGAUAGUAAGACCGUGAACGAGGAUUUUACUCUAACCAAUAGUAUUUUUUCUAAUUCUACCGAUUGUGGGCCAAUUCCGCCUGUACCAAAUGGAAAGUUGAUUUAUAAGCCAGCAAGUUCUACACUAUUUGCAAUGGGUAGUGUAGCAACACUUAGUUGCAACGACGGUUUUAAACCGUCUAUUAAUAGUAAGAUCGUGUGCAUUACUGGUUCAUGGUAUCCCAUGGAAAUGCUUGAUGGCUGUUCUCCUUUACCAGCACAUGAAAAUGGUCAUAUUUUGUAUAGUCAACAUGGUACAAAUACCUUUCCAAGUGGUACUUUGGCUUAUCUCAUUUGCAACGGACAUUACCGUUCCAUAUCUACCAGGCAAGCCCGAUGUGUUCGAGGUCAGUGGUCAACUCGAGAACUUGGAACCUGUCAGCUUAUCACUAAAACCACUUGUCCUACUUUAUCAACAUCUCAAAAUGGCGAGGUGAAGUACGUGAUGGGUAGUAAAGAUAAUAUAACUUUGGGAACUGUAGCUGAACUGGAAUGUUAUCCUGAAUACAUUAUUGAUGGCGUUGAUGCACUGAUAUGUGAGCCAUCUGGUUGGACUCCUGCCCAGAAUCUCGGAACUUGUGUAAAGGGUACAAGGCCAUGUCCUCCUGCGCUUCCGCUUGUUUUAAAUGGUCAAAUAUCUUUUUCAAAUGAGCCAAACACACUUGGCACAUAUGUUUCAGGCACUGUCGCUGUGGUACGCUGUAAUACUGGUUAUACUAUCAAUGGUGCAUUUUUGUCAACAUGUGAAGACUCAAUGUGGCAACCACCAAACUUGGGAACAUGUGUUGCUGUACCAGGUAUUGUACCUGUUCGGAAUGGAAAUCCUUGCCCAUUUAUGCUAAGAACUCCACUUGCUGGAAUGAUUACUUAUAGCAGAGGUGGAACAUUUGGGUCAUUUCCAUCCGGAACCACAGCUACGUUAGAUUGUAUUCAAGGCUUUCCGGAAGGACCAACAUUAGCAGUUUGUGACAACGGUUCAUGGAUUCCUCAUGAAAUGGGCACUUGUUCACCGCUGAUUCUCCAAAAUGCUCUUAGCACUACCAAUAGUGUCAGCGCCAACCUGAACAGUUGCUUAAGUGACUAUCCGUCUCCAAGCAAUGGUAUUGUUGUUUAUUCAAACGGUGCAGUACGUCCACCUUAUCCACCUUUAGUUAGAGCAAAUAUCCGUUGUAGUCCAGGUUACAUCCCUACGGGUACUGCCCUAGCUAUAUGUCAAAAUGGUACAUGGAUCCCUGAAGUACCUACCAAAUGUAUACAGUCUAAGAAAACAACUGGUUCUGGUGCUCAUGGUACUGUUUUGAGUCCGUUUGUUACAUCGUUAGAAGUGACACCUUUAGCAGGUGGUGUUCUCGACUUACCUUGUAGUGCUAGCUUGGUUACUCCGGUAAAUGGAUAUGUUACUUACAGUACAGGUUCAACUUUCGGACCAUUUCCUACAGGAACUGUUGGUAAGUUGACUUGCCAAGCCGGAUUUAUUCCAGCUGGUGUAACUUCAUCGACUUGCUUGAGUGGCAUAUGGUCACCACCAAUGAAUGGACAAUGUAUUCUUCCUUCAUCGAGAAUCCUUGGUGCACCUCUCGGAAGCACCACAGGAAUUCUCGGACUGCCUUGUGCUCCACUCGUACCACCUGUUAACGGUCAAAUAUCGUAUUCAAAUGGAUUGGAGUUGGGACCAUUUCCUUCCGGUACAAUAGCCACAGUAUUUUGUAAUCCAGAUUAUACAACUGUUGGUACAACAACAGCGGCAUGUACUGAUGGCACUUUCAUUCCUCCAGUUCUAACGCAGUGUUUAGCAGCUAGUUUGAUAGGACUUGGAGAAAUGCCUUGUGCACCUCUACCAGAACCUCCAAAUGGUGUAUUAACAUAUUCAGGCGUUGCAGGAGCUAUAUAUAAUUCUGGAUCUACUGCUACAUUAAUCUGUAAUCUUGGAUUUAUUCCUAGCGGGCCAACAGAAACCAUUUGUAAAAAUGGACAAUGGAUACCAACAUUAGGUUACUGUCAACAGAGUAUUUUUGGAUUAAGCACGGGGUUACUAUCUGCUACAACUCAGUGCUUAUUCGAACUACCUGUCGUAGCAAAUGGACGAAUUCAAUAUUCUACCGGAAGUGUAUUAGCACCUUAUGAUAGUGGAACUACAGCAAGUUUGAUUUGUAAUUUUGGAAGUACACCAAUUGGAGCGACGCUUUCAGUUUGCACCAAUGGAGUAUGGAAUCCGCCGGUGCUAGGACAAUGUCCACUUAAUGGUAGAUGA